UAUUGCGAGCGUGCCGUGCUAAUAAAGCUGUUUUCCUGUUUCUCAAAAAUAAUAGUCAAAAUCUCGAGAUCGUCUUAAAAAUAAAUUUGUGUAAAAGAAGGCGAUGAUAUUUAAUGUAUUGUAAUACCAUAGGUGUACGAAAGUUCUAGCGAAGCCUAAGAAAAAAUGAAAACUAUGUGUUCAAGAAGCUGAACCAAAUUAUUCUAUUUUGUUUUCAUUUCAAGUAAGUUAAUAUUCAAGAUUAAUGCUUUGUUAUAGCGUAUACUAAAUCUUACAAUAAAAUAGACCGAGCAAUUGAAAGAGUACCAAAUCUUCUCAUUUAGGAAAAUAAUUUAAAACAUAAACAUCAAAAUGGAGUUAGAAAAGGAUUUGACAAGUAAGUUCUUGAGUGGGGAAAUGUCUUUUGCUGAAUAUUCCAAUGAAUGGUACAAUAUUGAAGAUGAAGAAGACGUCGACGAAGCUAGUAAACGAAAUGACGAUGGACCCUUAUUAUUUACUGAAAAAGGAAUGCACAGACGCCGCAAAUAUGCUCGUCUGCCACCAGGCCUCCUCGGUUUGAUGGGUGAAGCAAACUUGCGAUUUGUUAGAGGAGAUAAAGAUACUGCUGAAAAGAUGUGUCACGAAAUUAUAAAGCAAUUUCCAACUGCUCCUGAACCAUACCAAACGCUAGCUCAAAUAUAUGAACAAGAUACUGAAAAGUCACUUCAGUUUUCGCUGUUAGCAGCCCACUUGAGCCCUCCAGAUGCUGAAGAAUGGCUAAGACUUGCUGCAAUAUCAAAACAAAGGGAAGAUUACAAACAAGAGAUGAUUUGCUACACACAAGCUAUAGCAGAUGAUCCACAUAACUUUGACAGUCAUGUAAAAAGAAUGGAGCUUCUUGAUAAACUAGAAAACAUGAAAUAUCCUAUUCAGACCUUACAUAUAACCAAACUUAAGUGUUAUCACAAAAUAGUAACCUCAUUGCCUGCAUCAGAAGGAGAAACCAUAAUGAAGUAUGCUAAACUGGCUGUAACACAGUAUCACAAUAAUAAUGAAAUGGAACGUGCACUGGCAGUGAUGUCUUCUGCUUAUAAAAAAUGUCCAACACUAUUCACUUUAGAAGACCUUAAUAUAUUCUUGGAAUUGCUAAUUGGUCAAAAACAAUUCCACACAUGUAUUGAAAUAUUUGUUGCAAAUGCAGGAGUUGAAAUAGAAGCUGAAAUACAAACCGUGAAAAAUGCUGAGGGUGACAUAGAGGAGCAGACUAAUUACUUGAAUUGCUCUAUUCCCAACUCCUUGCCUAUAGAUUUAAAGAGCAAGUUGUUGGUCUGUUUCAUUCAUCUUGGAGCCAUUAAUUUGGUUCAAACAUUACUGAAUGAUUUCUUGUGUAAUGAUGUAGAAAAGGCUGGAGAUUUGUAUAUGGAUAUAGAAGAAGCACUUUCUUCAGCUGGACAUCAUGAGUUAGCAAUAAAACUAUUAGAGCCAUUAGUGAAAAAUAAUAGCUUUGAUCUUGGAGCUGUGUGGCUGAAACAUGCAGAUUGUUUGUACAUGUUAGGCAGAGAAAGUGAUGCUAUAGCCUCUUUCUACAAAGUAUUAAAACAUGCACCACAACACCCUGAUGCUAGAAGAAAGUUGUACUCCAUUCUUGAGAAGAAAGGUCGCAUUGAUGAAGCCUUGCAAAUGUUAGAACAAGAUUUUAAAUAUGUUGUUAAUGCCAAUCUGCUUUAUGAACAAUGUUUGGCUUUAAAGAAAUACAACAAGUUACAUAAGUACUUAGAGAACCCCAGUAUUUUUCCCAUCCUAAGACUGCUGUUACCCAAACUGGAUAGAGAAAGGAAUGCAUACAAUUUAAAAGAGAACAAAUUGGGUGUUCUACUGGUCAAAGUUCUAUCGCUGAGCAAGCAGUCACGAGAUGCUCAAAAGCUGUUGAACUACAGAUCCGUCAGUAAUUCCACAGACAGUGACUUCGCUGGCGUGGCCUACUUUGUGUUUAAGAGUAGACUUAGCCCAAAAUCAGACGGAUUCACCGUUGGUGAUAUCAAUGAAAUCCUAGAUAAAAUUGCUUCUGCUGAAGUUGGAAAGAAAGCCUCUAUUCUUGAUGACAUGUUCAGUCAUGUGAUAAACAAAGUGACCGCGGAUCAAUUGAAGUGGUUCCUGAGGAUAAUUCUCAAAGACCUAAAGCUUGAAAUAGGAAGCAAUCGUAUAUUAGGGCUGUUUCAUCCCGACGCUCCCGAAUAUUUUGAAACAUGUGGACUAUUGUCCAAGGUGUGUGAAGAACUAGGCGAUGGAGACGCUCGUCCCCUAGAGCUCGGAAUCCAGAUGUUCCUAGCCAUAAGCCCCAUGCUUUCUGAACGCCUUGAUGUCAAACAUAUAGCCAGACAACUUUCGUCGGACAAAACUUAUCAGAUAGAAAAUAAAUUUGAUGGAGAGAGGUUUCAGAUGCACAUGGAAAACGGGCGGUUUGAAUACUUUUCGCGAAGAGGGUUUUCCUUUGCCAAGAAUUAUGGAAGCUCGUACGACUCCGGAUUGUUGACGCCUUAUCUCAAGGAUUGCUUUUCGUCAGAAGUGUCAAGUAUUAUUCUAGACGGCGAAAUGAUGGGCUGGCACAAGGAACGAGAGUGUUUUAGCUGUAAAGGAAUGGCUUUCGACGUUAAGAAAAUAACGGAGAACUCAAAGUUCCGUCCAUGUUUCUGUGCGUUUGAUAUCCUGUACUUCAAUGGCAGGACUCUAGUGGGGCCGCCGGAGAAAGGAGGUUUACCACUCAGCGAAAGACUUCGUAUUUUAGACAAGGUAUUUGUUAACGUCCCUGGAGUUAUACAGCAUAGUGAACGCCAGAUUAUUUCGCAAAGGACGAUAUUUCCUGAUAUACUGGAAGCUUUGAACAAGGCCAUAGAGAACCAAGAUGAGGGUAUAGUUGUCAAAGAUGUGGAUUCUUACUACAUUCCAAAUAAACGCAACGCUGGCUGGUAUAAAAUUAAACCUGAGUACACAGAGGGAACUAUGAGCGACCUUGACCUCGUCAUCAUCGGUGCUGAGGAAGCCGCGAACAAGAGACAAGGACGCGCCAAGAGCUUCCUCGUCGCCUGCUCUGAUGGUGGUGCUCCCGGUAAAACGCCUGACCGCUGGGUAUUAGUAGGCCGAGUAUCAACGGGCCUAACAUUUGACGAGCGUGAGAGUUUGUGUGCCGCCCUCGAACGUCACUGGGUCUCCUACAGACAGACGCCUGCCCCGGCUCACUUGUAUUUCAAUAAGGAGAAACCAGACUUCUGGAUCCUACCUGAACAUUCCAUUGUUUUAACGGUCCGGGCGUCUGAGCUGAUCAGAACCACGGGAUUCGGGGCGGAUUAUACACUUCGCUUUCCGCGCGUCACGAGAGUACGAGAUGAUAAACCUUAUCAAGACUGCAUGACUUUGGCCGAAUUCAAUCAACUUUGCGCACAUAAAGGACCAGUAGUCAAGUUGAGCACUAAUCUAAUUAAUGGAGAGCAAAUGGACGAGAUAAAACCCCGAGCGAAACGCAAGACUCAGCAGCCGCAAGUCGCCGAACAGUUUCAGAUCAGCUCAAGCGGAGAUGUUGAAGCUACGUCAAAAGCAUUGCUCGGAAGAAAAGUAUGCAUAUUGUCGGAUGAUGACGAUUGUAAGAGACCGGAGCUUUGUAAGAUCAUUGAGUCCCACGGAGGGAAGGUUGUGGCGAAUACAGGGUUGGACACAUGGUGCUGCGUGGCGGGUCGGGUCACAGCUCACGUGAAGGCAGUUAUGACGGCUCGAGCAUAUGACGUGUUGCCUACAUCCUGGCUGCGGGCCCUCCUCCCCUCCCCCGCGCCCGUGCACCCCGCGCCUCUCCACAUGCUGGCGCUCAGUGACGUCACGCGACGCAAGCUCGCUCGACACUACGAUGUGCACGGAGACAGCUAUACGGAGUUAAUAGAUGAAGACACGCUCGUCAAGUGUUUUAACAAAAUGGAUGAGGAUAUACCGAUCUACCUAACAACUCAAGAGAUGCUGAACUUAGAUAAGGAGAUAUUUGGCGAUAACAACCCGCACUCGUUUCUACGCCCGUGCUGCAUACACAUACGGAACCCUGAAAGCAUUGACGCUAUAGUCGCUCGAAUGUACGGGGCCACGGUACUUGACAAUACGGCUUCACACUGCACCCAUAUAGUUGUACCCACCACUAUAGAAAAGAACGAACUUGAUAAUCUUAAAAAGUCAUCCAAUAGCUUGAUAGUCAGUGAAGAUUGGCUUAAUGAAUGCUUUUCGCAAAAACAGUUAGUUCCUGAAGAAAAGUUUGUUGUUAUGUGACACCGGCUUUAUUUUAUUUUAUUUCUACUUUUUUGGUGGAAAAAAUAAAGAUAUUAAUUAGGUGUUUUAGAUAUGCUGUCAGAGUUUGAAAGCAAAUAAAGAAGAUUAUUUAAAUUUUAUAAAGUUAAGAAUUAUCUGUCGGUCUAGUGGCUGAAAGGUGGUGACAGAGGUGUGCCUGUACGUUUUCUGAGGAUGUGAUCAUUAGUAAAAUAAUAAUAUUUUACCGUUUACCGUUUUAACACUGUAUUUUUAUAUUUUUUUAUGUGUAAGUACGUGUUAUUCUAUCAUUCGUUAUUCAGUUAUUAUGGAAUAUACCUAUUUUGAAAAUUUAUAUAUAAUUUAUAUAUUAGGAAAGAUUGUAAUACAUUUUUG